GUCCUCCAACGCCAGCCAGCUCGAGCCAAGCCAAUGCCAAAGCCCGGCGCAUAAAUCUGACCCGCCAUUCGCUCGCUAGCUCGCUAGCUAGCAUGUCUGUCCCCUGUUACUCAGGACUUCAGGAGGAAAGGAGAGGGAACGCAGCGCAGCACAAGAGGUUUCCACUGACUAGUACUAGUACGGCCGUGGUUCUAACUAGCUAGCUGUUCCGCUGUUGCGUGGCGUCGCGUUCUUAAGGCUAGGCAACGCCAAGCAAGGAACCGCCGGGGCGCGCGCGAAUGGCGGCCAAGCACUCGUACCCGCCCACGCGGGCCACGCGGAGCGCGCCGGCUCCCCGGCCAUUGUCGCCCCUCGGGGAGUCGGAGCCGGCGGCGGCCCAUCCCGGCGCCGACCCGGAGGCGCGCCGCAAGGCCAAGAAGCAGAACCAGCUGUGGCCCAAGACGGUGCUGCGCAAGUGGCUCAACAUCAGGUCGCCGGACUCCGACUUCAGCGCUGACGAGGGCGACACCGCCGACGAGGCCGACAGCGACUCCGAGUACGAAGAGAUGUGUGGAUGGGAACGCCAGCGAUAUGAUCAGGACCGGAGAAUGCGUGGAUUGGGUGCCCAGACUACUGAUAGCCAAAUGGAGGGUGUUCCAUACGGUCUUCAUAGAAGGCGCAAGUCAGAGACUCUUCGUGCUCAGUAUAUCGAUGUCAAGGAACUGAGAUAUCUGUGUUGCCUUGCAGCAAGACUUCAAAGCAGUAACAUCUACUAUGUUUGUUCUGUUUCUGUCAUUUCUUAUAGUCUGUUGGGUUUAAUAUUCAGGGUCUGCGUAGGAACAUGGAAUGUUGCAGGCAAACUUCCACCUCAAGAUUUGGAUAUUCAAGAAUGGUUGGAUAUGAAGGAGCCGGCUGACAUAUAUGUUCUUGGAUUUCAAGAAGUUGUUCCAUUAAAUGCUGGGAAUAUAUUUGGCGCGGAAGACAACCGUCCUGCUUCCAUGUGGGAACAUAUCAUUCGUGAAACACUGAAUAAGAUUAGUCCAGAUAAACCAAAAUAUAAAAGUCACAGUGAUCCUCCAUCUCCAUCAAGGUUCAAGCCAUCUGAUGACGCUCUUGCAAUGGAAGACGAACUUAAUAGCGAGUCUGACAGCGAAAGUGGUGGGGAAGUGCACCCAUGGAACGAACAAGAUUUAGUUGUUGUUGAUGAUGAUGAUAGUCAUAGCAACAGACUUGAGCACUCCACUUCUGCUCCUGACGAAUCUAUUAUACAGGCUGAUAACUUCAGCAGGUUGCCUUCAAUGAAGACUUUCAAUAGAUCCCAUAACAUAGUAAGUUUUAAAGAUUACACCUCUCUUUUGGAAGAGCCGAUCAACCAAAAGAUGUUAACCAAAACACUCAGUCACUCAGAAAGGCUUGGAAUGAUUUGGCCAGAACAACCAUUGGAUAUGUUGGCUCAGUGUCUUCCAGACAGCACACCACCAUUUGCUUCCGGGAAGGCACUAAAAACAUAUUUGUCUUCCAAAUCAGUUAAUGAAGAUUCAUGUGCUUUUCCAGAGGAUAGUGCACUUCAUGGUUUAAACAUUGGAAGUGUGGUAGCUAAAGGAAAAAGACCAUACUUUGUAAGGAUAAUAAGCAAGCAGAUGGUCGGGGUAUUUCUCACAAUAUGGGUACGAAGGAGCCUGCGAAAGCGCAUUCAGAACGUGAAGGUAUCAACUGUAGGUGUAGGUGCUAUGGGAUACAUUGGUAAUAAGGGAUCAAUAGCAGUAAGUAUGUCGAUAUAUCAGACACACUUUUGCUUUCUUUGUUGUCACCUGACCUCUGGAGAAAAGGAUGGAGAUGAACAAAAAAGGAAUGCGGAUGUGCAAGAGAUCCAUCGAAGGACAGUAUUUAAUUCCAGAGUGAGCACGCCUAAGACAAUAUAUGACCACGAAAGGAUAUUCUGGCUAGGGGAUCUCAAUUAUAGGAUCAACUUAUCAUACGAAAAAACACAUGAAUUUAUCUCCAACCACGACUGGAAUGGGUUGUUUGAGAAAGACCAGCUAAGAGUAGAACUGAGGAAAGGACAUUUAUUUGAUGGGUGGAGCGAAGGAGUUAUCAGCUUUCCUCCAACAUACAAGUACCGGUUUAACUCGAAGAAGUACACAAGUGAUGAGCCAAAAUCUGGAAGAAGGACGCCUUCAUGGUGCGACCGAAUUCUUUCGUAUGGCAAGGGAAUGAGGCUAUUGUCCUACGAGGCGGUUGAUAUGAGGCUAUCCGAUCACCGCCCCGUUAAAGCCGUGUACACGGUUGAUAUAGAGGUUUUCAGCCCCAAAAAGUUGCAGAGAGCUCUCACCUUCACCGACGCGGAGGUUGAGGACCGGCUGUCCUCUGAGGAUGAGCGCAUCGCCGGAAUCUACAGCCUUGGGCUGUCGUAAGUCCAAGGUUAAUAUUUGGGCCAUUUUCUGUAGUGAGGUUGAGCCAAGUCACACCGACAGUGCCGCUUAACCCUCUCCAGCCAUGGCCUCUUGGCUGUCUGCUGAGACCAGCAGCAGAUCAUUCUGGGGUUGCUUGGUCAUGUAGUACGUCGCCUCCAUGCUCUGACCAUAUUUUGAAGAGAACCAGGGCAUGCUAUGUAUGCAUAUCGCUGUUUGUUUCCCACCGUUUGCUUGCUGUGUGCAGCUUCCUGAGAUGAUAAUGCCCUCUGUAAUGAUCUGAUCUACUCCGGUUGUAAUUAAGCGGUUGAACACUAUAAAUCUCGAGGCAGCAGGCCGGUUGUGCAGCUCAAGUUCCAGGUUCUCCUA